AUGUAUCCUCUUCUGAGGGCGCCAACAGUGCUGGCUGCCCCCGCGCCUGGAAUCAGCCGCCGACCUUCCAAUGCGUUGUUUGCCGUUCCUGCGGCGGCUUAUGCCUUGCGGCAGCUCGCGCCCUCAACCAGGGCCAGGAGGCAGCUGCCUCUCCGAGCCACGAAGACGGAGGCCGCCGAGGUCACCGGGUGGCAGCUGAAACAAGACCUUGCAGACCUGCAGAGGCGGAGUGAGUUGAUUGUGGCCCGCUCAGGCGUAGGUACUCCUGAGUUCGAGGCCGAAGCGAAGCGUAUCCGUUCGGAGUCCACCCGUGCAGACCUUUGGGACGACCCUUCGACCGCGCAGCAAGUCCUCUCACAGCUGAGCCGCAUCGAGGCGGCGGAGAAACGGGCCGAGGAGUAUGCUGCCGUGGUGGAAGAGGCACAGACAGCUCUGGAGCUAGCGCAGGAGGCCGAGGGCGCGGGCGACGCGACCGAGUCCGGGACCCUUCGGGCUGAGGCCUAUGCGACGAUGCAGCAGUGGGGAGAGGCCUUGACGCGUGCUGAGGUUGAGAUGCUCAUGGGAGGCUCUUACGAUGCUUUCAGCUGCCAGGUGAGCAUCUUCGCUGGUGCUGGCGGCGAUGAAGCCUGCGAUUGGGUCUGCAUGCUGGAGCGGAUGUACAGCAACUACGCCCAGCAGAAGGGAUGGCGAUGCAAACGCCUCGAGGCCGCUGAGGGCGACUCCAUCGGCUUGAAAAGUGUGGACUUCGAGGUGUCAGGUGAAUAUGCCUUCGGGAUGCUCCAACGGGAGACAGGGACCCACCGGCUGGUCCGUAUCUGGAACGGGAAGAGGCAAACCACUUUCGCUGGAGUGGAGGUGGUUCCCGUGCUCCCCGAAGAUGCUGUCAGUGCCGUGGAAAUUGACCCAAAAGACCUGACGUGGGACACUUUUGGAGCUGGCGGCAAGGGCGGCCAAAACGUCAACAAGGUGGAGACAGGCGUCCGCGUGACGCAUGUUCCGACUGGCAUUGCGGUGCGAUGCACAGAAGAGCGAAGCCAACUGUCAAACCGGACCAAGGCGAUGAAGCAGCUGACGGCAAAGCUCAUGCUGAUCAAGGAGCAACAGAGAGUCGAGGAGCUCCGUGAGAUCCGCGGCGAUCUCGUCACAGCCCAGUGGGGAGCCCAGGUGCGGAACUAUGUGCUCCAGCCGUACACCAUGGUCAAG